AUCAAGGAUGGAAAAGAUCUCUGAGAUCGCCCAGUCCGACCCCACCCAGCAUGCCCAGUGAGCGCAUCCCGCGGUGCCGCAUCCCCACGGUUGUGGAACGCCUCUGGGAGCAGCUGGAAGAGUACAAGAGCGGCUGUGAUCUGGAGGAAGGCUGGGUCCUGGUGUGUAAGCAUGCAGAAGGAGGGGACAGGCUAGUCCCGGUUGAGUCCACAGAGAGGAUCCAGAGGCAGCAGCAGUUGUUUGGGGUUGAUUACAAACCUGUGAUCAGGUGGGAGCAAGUGGUGGAUCUGACUUACUCCCUGCGCCUGGGAGCAAAACCCAAGCCCAUGGACCAGGAUGAAGCUGCAGUAGAAAAGCUUCGGUUUGUGCCUCCAACGUGGACUUAUGAAUGUGAUGAAGACCUGGUGCAUUUCUUGUAUGAUCAUAUUGGGAAGGAGGAUGAGAACUUGGGCAGCGUCAAGCAGUAUGUGGACAGUAUUGAUGUCUCAUCCUACACGGAGGACUUCAAUGUGUCGUGUCUGACGGACAGCCAUGCUGACACGUACUGGGAGAGUGAUGGGUCCCAGGGCCAGCACUGGGUGCGGCUCAACAUGAAGAAAGGCACCAUUGUCAAGAAGCUCCUGCUGACUGUUGAUACUACUGAUGAGAACUUCAUGCCCAAGCGCGUCGCCGUGUACGGGGGUGAGGGGGACAAUCUGAAGAAACUAAACGAUGUUGGCAUUGAUGAGAGUUACAUUGGGGAUGUGUGCGUCCUUGAGGACAUGACAACACACCUGCCUGUCAUCGAGAUCCGGAUUGUGGAGUGCAGAGAUGAUGGGAUUGAUGUUCGCCUUCGUGGCAUCAAAAUCAAAUCCUCCCGACAGAGGGACUUGGGGCUCAGUGCUGACAUGUUCCAGCUGGCCAAUUUAGUACGCUACCCCCGCCUGGAAGGGACAGAUCCUGACCUGCUGUACCGGAGGGCAGUGCUCAUUCAGAGGUUCAUCAAGCUCUUGGAUAGUGUCUUGCAUCACUUGGUGCCAGCCUGGGACCACACUGUAGGCACAUUCAGCAAACUCAAGCAUAUCAAGCAGUUCUUAUUGCUGUCCAAGAGGCGCACAGCUCUCAUUACGCAGUGUCUGAAGGAUUCAGAGACAAGCAAGCCCAACUUCAUGCCACGGCUCUAUAUUAACCGGCGUCUGGCUAUGGAACACAGAGACAACCCUGCCUUGGAUCCCAGUUGCAAGAAUGCUGUCUUCACUCAGGUGUAUGAAGGCCUGAAGCCCUCUGAUAAGUUUGAAAAGCCUCUAGAUUAUAGGUGGCCGCUGCGUUACGACCAGUGGUGGGAGUGCAAAUUCAUCGCAGAGGGCAUCAUUGACCAAGGUGGUGGUUUUCGGGACAGCCUGGCAGACAUGUCGGAGGAGCUGUGUCCCAGCUCAGCAGACACUCCUGUGCCCCUGCCCUUCUUUGUGCGCACAUCUAACCAGGGUAACAGCACUGGAGAAGCCAGGGACAUGUAUGUCCCCAACCCCUCCUGUAAAGACUUCCCAAAGUAUGAGUGGAUUGGGCAAAUCAUGGGAGCAGCUCUGAGGGGCAAGGAGUUUCUGGUCUUGGCUCUUCCUGGCUUUGUAUGGAAACAAUUAACAGGGGAGGAGGUCAGCUGGAGCAAAGACUUCGCUGCGGUGGACUCAGUGCUGGUGAAACUCCUGGAAGUGAUGGAAGUGAUGGACAAAGACACUUUUGAGUUCAAAUUUGGGAAUGAGCUGACCUACACGACAGUGCUGAGUGACCAGCGCAUGGUGGAGCUGAUUCCCAAUGGCAGCAACACCGUGGUCCGCUAUGAGGACCGUAAGGAGUUCAUCCGUCUGGUACAGAAAGCUCGACUGGAGGAGAGCAAGGAGCAGAUCAUGGCUAUGCAAGCUGGGCUGUUGAAGGUAGUACCCCAAGCUGUUCUUGACCUCCUCACUUGGCAGGAGCUGGAAAAGAAAGUCUGUGGAGACCCUGAAGUCACAGUUGAUGCCCUGAAGAAACUCACUCGGUUUGAGGACUUUGAGCCGCUGGACACCCGCGUCCAGUACUUCUGGGAAGCACUCAACAACUUCACCAAUGAGGAUCGCAGUCGCUUCCUCAGGUUUGUUACUGGCAGAAGCCGCCUCCCAGCACGGAUCUACAUCUAUCCUGACAAACUAGGCUCCGAGACAACAGAUGCAUUGCCAGAGUCAUCCACCUGCUCCAGUACUCUCUUUUUGCCCAACUAUGCCACAGCCAAGGUAUGUGAAGAGAAGUUACGCUAUGCGGCCUAUAACUGUGUGGCCAUUGACACAGACAUGAGUCCGUGGGAGGAGUGAUGUUGCAGCCUGACCAAGCAACAUGGACAAUCAUUUGACAAAACCAUACAGUGGGAAGUGCUCCCUUGUUCCCCCAGGUUAUGUAUAUAUAAUAAAUAUCUAGGUCUGAAGCCUGGCUUCCUGCAGCGGUAACCAGCACCGCUUUGGACACAGACAUUUGGAACUUGGAGUGUAAAUGUAAUUGCAGUAAUGAAACCCUGCUCCCAGCCCUCACUCAUCAGAAAGGCUGGGUAGGCUUUUGCAAUGA